AUGACAAAUGCCGCAGAUACUUAUUACGGAACUUUGUUUUCCCAUCUUUCCUACGGCAUGGGAGAGAAUGGAGCUGGAGCGAAUUCUACUCCGAACGCCACGUACACAGAUGCGGCAAUGGCUGCUGCAGCCGCUGCAGCAGCAAUGGCUGCCGCGACAGGAGUCGGAGAUUGGACCAACGUCAGCAGUUACCAGCAAGGUUCAGGUGUUCUACCCAACCUAAAUCCACCAAUUCCUACAGUAAACAUGACUGUCGGCCCUGGUGUGACUAAUUCCGCGGAACUUUCCAUACCAUCAGGUGCUGCCAGCACUACUUCUUCGUCGAAUAUCACUUCCCCGUAUUGCGCUACCUUGCUCGCCGCCGUUGCUGCUGCUGCGGCCGCUGCUGCCUAUCCGGUUCAUCCGACUCAAUCCGGCAAUGUUUCUGCUGGCUCAAGUACGCCAGCUGCCGAUUAUGCAGCUUUAUACUAUCGUUCUUCUGGCCAACGACCACCUGUAGUCAGUUCGGCUGCAAAUCCUUACAACAGUGCAGUGUACCCUACUGCCAGUUGGCCCUAUUCAGUUUCCCCAAACCACUACCCGAACAGCUCCCAAGUGGUCGACAGAAUCAAUCCUAAUCUGGUCCCGGUGGACGGGUGGUCCGCUUCAAACGGGCAACCGGCUGUUAUCCCUUCCAUUGGAUCCGAGUUGGGUAUAAACUGCAGACAGCACACUCCGCAUAUUCCUUCAACCAUGUUCUCUUCAACUGUUCCAUGUGAUCGAGCGAGCGCUGUACAGAAUGAUCUUAUAGGACAGCCUUAUUUUACUUCACCAUCCAACAGGAAACCUAUCUCGAGCAUCCCUGUUUCUCAGUCACUGACAACCACCGGGAAUGAACAUUCAGGUCUUUAUUCAAUGCUCCCUGAUGAAGUGUGCGAGGAGGCUUACCUGGCUCCAGAUUCACAUCAGCUAGUCAACGACAACACAGCUAACAAUGUUAUUCAAACAGUUUACAAGCAUGUAGAACCAUUCUCCCAACAUAUGUGUCAGCAUACUACUGAACAUCAACAACAACAACAACAACAACAAACGCGACAGCAACCACAACAAAAAAUCCUCGAUGAGUUCAAUCGAUUAUCCCUGGAAAGUAAUCGAGACUAUAAACCACCUACCCCAUGUGGUCCAACGCCGUCAACCGAGUCGGUCGGUGAAUCGGUCCCACAAGCAGCGAAUUCCAGUCAGUGGCAAUACCAUGAGGUGAAUACAGAACAUGAAGUUUUCCUCAGUGUUUCUGAUAACGUCCCAAACAGAGAGCAAGGAACGCGAACCAUCAGUGGCAUCCUAAGACCACUGUCUUCAACCAGUCAACCGCAGUUCACCAACACGAUGUCGUUCCCAGUGCAGCCGGCUAAGGGGACAACACAAACCAAGACUUGGGCAAACAUUGCUGGUCAACCACCAAAAGGAUCUGCUGCCGUUCUAAUGAGUUCGACCGGUUGGUCAAUCAAACGAACCCCUGGUCAUGUUUUAACUCAAGGGUCCAGAGGUUCCAUUACAACCCCUUCAACCUCAGUCAUUGUUGCUAAACCCCAGACUUCACAUUCAAAACCGGACGAUCAUGCUAAAGUAACACAAGCGCCAUUUCGCUCUGGAAGACCAGAGUCAUCCGUGAACUCCGAGAACGAACGUAACACCGCCUCGGUCACAACAAAUGGUAAAGGUGGUAGCACUUACGAAGAUUCCUUACAGCUGCUUCAGCGUGAGGCCGAAUUAUUGCAUCAACGUUUGGCCAAGUCUAUCAACCCGGCGAAGUUCGAUACAAACAUCGAAAAAGCUCGGUUCUUCGUGAUCAAGUCGUUCUCCGAAGAUGAUAUUCAUCGUUCUAUCAAAUACUCUGUUUGGUGCUCGACGGAGUUGGGGAAUAAAAAAUUAGAUGCCGCUUUUGUUGAAGCCAAAGGUCAAUAUCCCAUUUAUCUUUUCUAUUCGGUCAACGGGUCCGGUCACUUUUGUGGUAUGGCCGAAAUGACAUCUCGAGUGGACUACGACACACGUAUGCGAGUCUGGGCCCAGGAUAAAUGGCAAGGUGCGUUCUCAGUGAGAUGGAUUUUCGUGAAAGACGUCCCCAAUACAGCAUUGCGUCACAUACGGAUUGAAACGAACGAAAACAAGCCGGUAACGCAUUCACGUGACACAACUGAAUUACCGUUAGAACGGGGUCGCCAGGUUAUGGAGGUGUUCGCUGGCUACUCGCAUACACUGUCCAUUUUUGAUGACUUUGUUUUCUACGAGCAACGAGAGAGACAAGAUGUUGGCGGUCUGAUACAGUAUCUCAUUCGUCAAUCGGUUGGUGACGCAGUAGUGAACACGAUUUCGCCUCAGCACAUUUGGAUUCUGUUUGAGAUGGUUCAAGGUUCAUCAAAAACUCGACAGGUGCAUUUCCCAUGA